GAGGGCGGCACCCGGCAGGCCGCUGGGCGUGGACGCAGUCCUGUGGCCGCGUCCGGCCGGCGGGUGGAGCGUCCCAGCGGGUUGGACGACCGGGCCCUCCGGGGUGUGGCCGCCCCGCGCCCCGCCCCGCGCCCCUCCUCCGCCGGCGGCUCCCGGGGCUGGUGGUCUCUCCGGCGCUCGGCUUCCUUCCGCAGCUCAGCUCAGCGCAACCGCCGCCCGGCCCCGCCAGCCUCCGGGACCAUGGCCAAUCUCGAGCGCACCUUCAUCGCCAUCAAGCCGGACGGCGUGCAGCGCGGCCUGGUGGGCGAGAUCAUCAAGCGCUUCGAGCAGAAGGGAUUCCGCCUCGUGGCCAUGAAGUUCCUUCGGGCCUCUGAGGAACACCUGAAGCAGCACUACAUUGACCUGAAAGACCGCCCAUUCUUCCCUGGACUGGUGAAGUACAUGAACUCAGGCCCGGUUGUGGCCAUGGUCUGGGAGGGGCUGAAUGUGGUGAAGACAGGCCGAGUGAUGCUUGGGGAGACCAAUCCAGCGGAUUCUAAGCCGGGCACCAUUCGUGGGGACUUCUGCAUUCAAGUUGGCAGGAACAUCAUUCAUGGCAGCGACUCAGUAAAAAGUGCCGAAAAAGAAAUCAGCCUGUGGUUUAAGCCUGAGGAAUUGGUUGACUACAAGUCCUGUGCUUACGACUGGGUCUAUGAAUAAGAGGUGGACAAAGCAGCAGUCCCCUUCAGCACCGCUUGGUGUGUCCCUGGACACAGCUCUUCAUUCCACUGACUUGGAAGCAAUAGGAUUGAUCAUUCUUUUCUAAAGCAUAUUUACCAAUAAAACCUUUAGAAACUGG